AUGCAGUGGGAAGAGAUCAGUGGUGUGGACGAGCACUACACCCCAAUCAGAACGUACCAAGUGUGCAAUGUCAUGGAUCACAGCCAGAACAACUGGCUGCGGACAAACUGGAUCCCGCGCAACUCGGCUCAGAAGAUCUACGUGGAGCUCAAGUUCACCCUGAGGGACUGCAACAGCAUCCCCCUGGUCCUGGGCACCUGCAAGGAGACCUUCAACCUGUACUACAUGGAGUCUGACGACGACCACUCGGUCAAGUUCAAGGAGAGCCAGUUCGUGAAGAUCGACACCAUCGCGGCCGACGAGAGCUUCACGCAGAUGGACCUGGGCGACCGGAUCCUCAAGCUGAACACAGAGAUCCGUGAGGUGGGGCCCAUCAGCAGCAAGGGCUUCUACCUGGCCUUCCAGGACGUGGGCGCCUGCGUGGCCCUGGUGUCGGUGCGCGUCUACUUCAAGAAGUGCCCUUUCACCGUCAAGAACCUGGCCAUGUUCCCCGACACGGUGCCCAUGGACUCCCAGUCGCUGGUGGAGGUGAGGGGCUCCUGUGUCAACCACUCCAAGGAGGAGGAGCCCCCCAAGAUGUACUGCAGCACUGAGGGGGAGUGGCUGGUGCCCAUCGGGAAGUGCUUGUGCAACGCUGGCUACGAAGAGAGAGGCUUUGCGUGCCAAGCCUGUCGAGCUGGGUUCUACAAAGCCUCUGCUGGCAAUGUGAAGUGUGCCAAGUGCCCCCCCCACAGCUCCACCUACGAAGACGCCUCUCUGAACUGCAGGUGUGAAAAGAAUUACUUUCGCUCUGAGAAAGACCCUCCAUCCAUGGCUUGCACCAGACCGCCAUCCGCCCCGAGGAACGUGAUCUCCAACAUCAACGAGACCUCGGUCAUCCUGGACUGGAGCUGGCCGCUGGACACGGGGGGCAGGAAGGACGUGGCCUUCAACAUCGUCUGCAAGAAAUGCGGCGGCGGGGCCUGCGAGCCCUGCGGCGAGCACGUGCGCUUCCUGCCGCGCCAGAGGGGCCUCAGCAACACCACGGUGACCGUGGUGGACCUGCUGGCACACACCAACUACACCUUCGAGAUCGACGCCGUCAACGGCGUCUCCGAGCUCAGCCCGCUCGCCAGGCAGUUCGCCGCCGUCAGCAUCACCACCAACCAGGCCGCUCCAUCCCCCAUCACGGUCAUACGGAAGGACAGGACGUCCAGGAACAGCGUGUCCCUCUCCUGGCAGGAGCCUGAGCAUCCCAACGGGAUCAUCCUGGACUACGAGGUCAAAUACUAUGAAAAGCAGGAGCAAGAGACAAGCUAUACCAUUCUGAGAGCCAGAGGCACCAACGUGACCAUCAGUGGCCUCAAGCCUGACACCACCUACGUCUUCCAAAUCCGAGCCCGGACUGCGGCUGGAUACGGGACCAGCAGCCGCAAGUUCGAGUUUGAGACCAGCCCAGACUCGUUCUCCAUCUCCAGUGAGAACAGCCAGGUGGUGAUGAUUGCCAUCUCGGCAGCAGUGGCCAUCAUCCUCCUCACAGUGGUGGUCUAUGUCUUGAUUGGGAGAUUCUGUGGAUACAAGAAGUCUAAGCACGGCACUGAUGAGAAAAGGCUGCAUUUUGGGAAUGGCCAUUUAAAGCUCCCCGGUCUGAGAACUUAUGUAGAUCCACACACAUAUGAGGAUCCCAACCAAGCUGUGCAUGAAUUUGCCAAGGAGCUGGAUGCUUCCAAUAUAUCCAUUGAUAAAGUAGUUGGAGCAGGAGAAUUUGGAGAAGUGUGCAGUGGACGCCUGAAGCUGCCUUCUAAAAAGGAAAUUUCAGUGGCCAUCAAAACCCUGAAGGUUGGCUACACAGAAAAGCAGAGGAGGGACUUCCUGGGAGAAGCCAGCAUCAUGGGCCAGUUUGACCACCCCAACAUCAUCAGACUGGAGGGAGUUGUCACUAAAAGCAAACCAGUUAUGAUUGUUACUGAAUACAUGGAGAAUGGUUCCUUGGACAGCUUCCUACGAAAGCAUGAUGCCCAGUUCACAGUGAUCCAGCUGGUGGGGAUGCUGCGGGGCAUCGCCUCUGGCAUGAAGUACCUGUCGGACAUGGGCUACGUGCACCGCGACCUGGCCGCCCGCAACAUCCUCAUCAACAGCAACCUGGUCUGCAAAGUCUCCGAUUUUGGUCUCUCUCGUGUGCUGGAGGAUGACCCAGAGGCUGCUUACACCACGAGGGGGGGCAAGAUUCCCAUCCGAUGGACGAGCCCAGAAGCGAUUGCCUAUCGCAAGUUCACGUCGGCCAGCGACGCCUGGAGCUACGGGAUCGUCCUCUGGGAGGUGAUGUCCUACGGGGAGAGACCCUACUGGGAGAUGUCCAACCAGGAUGUGAUUAAGGCUGUGGAUGAAGGGUACCGCUUGCCACCUCCCAUGGACUGCCCAGCUGCCUUGUAUCAGCUGAUGCUGGACUGCUGGCAGAAGGACAGAAACAACAGGCCCAAGUUUGAGCAGAUUGUCAGCAUCCUGGAUAAGCUGAUCCGUAAUCCCAGCAGCCUGAAAAUCAUCACCAACGCCGCGGCAAGGCCAUCAAAUCUCCUCCUGGACCAAAGCAACCUUGACAUUUCAGCCUUCCGCACCACGGGGGAUUGGCUCAAUGGUUUUCGGACAGGGCAGUGCAAGGACAUUUUCACAGGGGUGGAGUACAGUUCCUGUGACACCAUAGCCAAGAUUUCCACAGAUGACAUGAAGAAGGUUGGUGUCACAGUGGUGGGCCCUCAAAAGAAGAUUGUCAGCACUAUCAAAGCUCUUGAAACUCAUACAAAGAACAGCCCUGUUCCUGUGUAAGGUACCAAAAUGAUGUUGCUCAGGAGAGGAAGAAAAGAAAGGAGAAAAGUUGCAUGGCAGGUCAAAAGUGAUGGCUGACAAACAGCAGAAUUUAAAGGAGUUCUUUGCAACAGCUUUGGAAACACAAUGGUUGAAAUUUCAAACCCACAAGACACUCAAAUACUGAGUAUAAAUGCCUUAAAAAUAGGAGCAAACUUGUUUUCUAUCUGUUAAUCGUAAAGGGUGGGUGCUCUUGACUGACUGUUAAUGCAGAUAGUAAAUAUCAAAAGAAAAAAAAAUAUGUGAAAAAUCCUUCCAAGUAAAAACCAGUGUUACUAAAACCUAGAGCCAUUUGAAUAUUAAGUGACUGAAUAACAGAAAAAAACCAUGGACAUAAAAGCUGUGUAUUUGAUCUAUACAGCAAACAAGAAGAAAGAAAGACUUGCAGUAUUUUUAUACAGAAGAGAUCUGUAACAGGUAUUUUAUUUCUUUAAAAGCAAGGAAAAUAGAGGACUAUACCUCACAACCUGUCUGGCCAUAUUUACUAUAAUGUCAUUGUAACAUGCUAUUUCAACUUCAGGAAGGAACACAGAAAUAAAGUUUGUAGUGACUUUGAGUUAGUUGACAAAAGGUUUUUACCAUUAUGUUAGCUUCCCUAACUGUGUUCAUUUAAAUGGAAACAAGUCUUAAUUUUUAAAAGGCUUAUUUAUUUUCUUGGGGUUUUUUUUUGUUUGUUUGUUUGUUUUUAUUUGGUUUUUUUCCAUUAUUGUUUAUAUUUAUGCUUAAAUACCUUAACCUGGCUGUAUUAUUGCCAAGUGCCAAAUGUUAUCCAAACUUCAUUGGUUCAACCUGAGAAAUGGUCUGAGGGUUACUUACUAGAUGAUUUUACACUCAUAGCAUAACAUGAAAUACAGAAGGAAAGAAAGGUGAUCUUUUUUCCAGACCUGACACUAUGAAAAUCAUCUGGACUUUUUUUUUUGGGGGGGGGAAAUGAGAUUUCUUCAAUUUGCUGUGAGUGGUAUUUUCAGCCAGGCUGGUGUUUUGACAGUGGUGUGUGCAUUAAUUUUUGGAUCAGUAUCUGCCCCAAACAGCACAUCCCAUUUCCUUCCCCAAGGCUGCUUUCCUGCCAGAAUAAGGAGCCCAGUUCUUGGGUGGUGUUCAGGUGAGAGAUCUGCCAAAAAAAUAGAAAGUAGGGCCGGGGUUGUUGCAUCCUGCUUUAAGUGAUGAUGCUUUUUGAGUUCCCUGAAAGUGCCCCUUAUUUUAAAGGAUGACUUAAGCUGUGAAGUGAGGCUUUGGUGUGGAAGUUUACACCUGCCUGAGCUAGAAACCCCCCUGUAGAGGCGCUGCCAGCCUGCAGGGGACAUGAAUUUUUGGCACAGCUUCUGCGGGUACCUGUUCCUUGAAGAAAGCAGAAGGGAGCCCAAGUGCAGGAGAGCAUCCACAUCUCCCACAGGAAAAAGGAGACUGGAAGGUGGAUUUUGAGGGCCCUCCACCAUUUUCAGUGUCUUCCAAAGAGCUUCCCAACUCCUAACUUGUUGCUCUGGAGCAGACACAACUCCUUGCUCUGAGAAUGAGUGGUUUUAACAGAGUGUGAGCCACUUCUUGUGCUUCUUCAUGUUGUAGAUGUGAUGCCAGGCACACAGGCAGCAGGCCUUGGUCACCAGGGGAAUCCUGUCUGCUUCCCAACCUGACAUUCUGAACUCUAGACCUGAUUCUGAUGAACCCCAGAAAGUCCAAGAGUGUGUGAGAGGCAGAUGAAAAAAUGGCACAUUGUGUUUUCUCUGUGCAUGCAAGAGCAGGUAAUGAGCUGUGCUUCCUUCUGUUGGUUUGGGUUUUGAAGCUCCUGGGUGUAUAAGUGAGGAAAGAAUCAGUUCCUAGUUCCUAGUUUAUAGGGCUGAAAUUGUUCUGCAUGAAUCCAGGAUUUACAAACUGUCCAGGCACAACAUUUAUCACACAUUGCUAAGGAGAAGCAGAGUUAGAGGCUUUUUCAUGAGUGCUGGUAGGAGGCAUGCUGUAAAGGACUGGAUUUGAAACACACUCACAGCAUAAUAAUUAGUAAUUCUUUCUAAAAGAGAAGUGAAUGGGUUUUAAAAUUAAAAAAAAAAAAAAAAA